ACGGCAUCUCUAAAUAGGGGGCCGAGAGCCAAUGGAUACUCAACGUGCUACUAAGUAAUACAUACUGUGAAUAUGAAGCGAAGUCCGUAGUCAGCACUAAAUCCUUCAGGUCGUUUCUCCUAUUCACCUGCAAAUUCAUAUUUUGCCCAAGUUAAAUUCCAAUCCCCGUAUUAUCGAUAUGCGAUUUCUCUGUCUACACGGGUCGGGGACCAACUCGAAGCUAAGUUAUUGGCUGUCAGCCGCGAUACGCUACGAGUUAGGGGAUCAUCAUACGUAUGAGUUUGUGGAGGGUACCUUGCCAAGCCCAGUGGCCCCCGAACUCAACGGGAUGGCUGCUCCAGAUGAUGAAUUCUUUUCAUAUAUUGAUCUAGAUGAUCUAAAUACUUGCGUCUCUUCACUUGUCAACCUCGAUACCUACAUUUCGGAGGAGGGCCCAUUCGAUGGGAUCAUGGCCUUUUCGCAAGGAGCUAUGAUUGCGGCGACGUAUAUUAUUUGGAAGAUGACACAGAACGCGGUGCUACAGCAGGAUUCUCCCACUUUCAAGUGCGCCAUAUUCUUUUCUGCGUGGGGUGCAUAUGACCCUGAGCUACUUUGGCAGAGCCAGCUUCGUCCAAUGACACCACUGCUUGACGGAGAAGCCAUUCAUAUUCCCACAGCCCAUAUAUGGGGUCAGGAUGAUGUUUCGUCAGCUAAAGCAGCCAGUCUUAGUGGCAUAUGCUCACUCCGUACAAGGCAGAUCUAUGUACACCCCGGCGGCCAUGAAAUUCCGGGGGCUAGGAUGAAUGCUGCUGUCAAGUCCAGCGUUCGAAUCAUCCGGAGGAUAAUUUCGUUAGCAGAUGAACUUGCUUAUAGAGAUAGGAAAUAGACCGCCUGGGGCGUUAUUAGAGACCACGUAAUUCAUACUGUUGGCAAUGAUUCAUUACCCACCUACAUAGCAUCUUAGAUCAUGUGAAAUCUAAAACGUUCAUUCGAUGGAUCAUGACUUCCGUAAUUGACAUACGCCCAAUUAUU